UAAAUGACCUAGUUAACGAUCUAGUUAACGACCCAGUUGAUGACCUAGUUAAUAACCCAGUUAACGACCCAGUUAACGACCCAGUUAACGAUCUAGUUAACGAUCCAGUUAACGACCCAGUUAACGACCCAGUUAAUGACUCAGUUAACGACCCUUUUAACAAUCCAGUUAAUGACCCUUUUAACAACCCAGUUAACGAUCUAGUUAACGUAUUAGUUAACGUACCUGUUAACGUACCAGUUAACGUACCAGUUAAU